AUGAGCUCUCAGACCUUUCUAAUCCUGUUUCUUUUCCCAAUUACCAUCCUAUCAGUAUUUGUAUCGGUACGUGGAUCACCGGUUAAUUCGACAAGUUAUGUCUCAAAAACUUUCUUGAAUUUGACAUGGAAAUCUUGUAUCACAAGAUGUGUUAUCGUGGCGGAUUGUAUUUUAGUUCACUCGAAUAGUUUGAAUAGAUGUUAUUUAUACGCUGUCGGGGAUAUUAUUCAAGUUAGGAAUGACCGGGAUGGGUACUCAAUUAUGAAUGAAACAGUGGCUUUUAGGAUGCGAAACUCCCCGUAUAAAUGCUCCAAUAGAUCGAGUGAUAUGCUUUUUGGAGUGAUAAACCUAUAUAACAAGGAUAAUAUUACAUCCUAUGAAAUUACAAUGUCACCAACAAAUGAGUAUUAUGAAAUUAAAUAUGGUAGGUCGAAAUUACUUGAAAUUUCAAAUGUUUAA